CAGUCCGUGGAGAUGAUUUCACAACUUGCCCAUCGGCUUGCAGCGUUUGGUAUGAAGUUGAAACUUAAGGAGAGCAAGAUGAUGCCAGGCAUGGGAUUGGGGCCAUCGCCGUCCUAUGUUCUCUGCCGGCCACCCGGGCAGGAAGCGAUGGGAAUUCUUUUGGUGACCGAGACGGGUCUCCUGGGAACACGCUUCGAUGGAGCUGCUUGCAGCGGUUUUGCAGCGCGGUUCUUCAAAAUUGGCCGAGGUGGGUUUGCGCUGAGCUGGGCCUGUUGCACGCCAGUCACCGACGAUCCGACGGCGCAGUUUCUGGCGGCUGGUCAUCGGGCGCGUCGGCAUCCCUAGAGGCGGCCGGGUCCUGGAGGAUGGUCGAGGGUCGCGUCGAAGAGGCAGUCGCUAAACUAAAAGCGAGCAGGAGUGCAUAAGAAGGACUGAAAGAAGGAGGGGCAUGGGAACCUGGCCACUGAGUUGUUGGUUCAAGCUUCCGCAGUUGGUUGCAACUUGGAAGUCGCUGGCGACCCCGCCCUCUGCAAGCAUCGAGAUGGGUUGCUGCAUGGCGUCCUACCGGUCGCAGGCCUGGUUCACCCGCGGCUUCUACAAGCACAUGCUCGGGCGCAAGGCCGCCGAGCCGCAAUUGCCCCCGCACAUGCCGGAGCUGGAGGAGGUCCCUGUGACAGCGGAUGUGCAGGCACGGUGGGAGAGCUGCGGCGGCCUGGAGCUCGACCCCGUGCUCGGCAGUGGAGCGGUCGUCCUGAUGGACGCGGAGUGGAUGGUGAGGCGAGCGCGCACUGGCGGCGUCCUCGAGCCGCGCCAGGCGUUGCCGCCGACGGCCUUCAUUUCCCACAGCGCCGUCAAAGCCGCCAGUAAUGAUCAAAUAGACAUCGAUUUGCUGCACAUCGCGUUCAUAUCACACUGCUGGCUGCAGGCGAACCACCCGGAUCCACGCGGGCACAACCUGCGCAUCGUGGGCCAGGCCCUGCAGCUGCUGCUGGGCUAUUUCAGGGGCCGCUGGGGUGUAUUCAUGGACUUCUGCUGCAUCCAUCAAAACUGCAGGGACCGCGAGGGCGUUCCCCAGCAGCACACCUACCAGCGGCUCGAAGGCUCAGAUUCGUUCGAGGACGAUGCCCUCGGCCGCUUCGAGCUGGAGCAUGCGCUCUUCAAGGAGGCAUUGGGGAGCCUGGGGAGCUUCUACUCCCACCCCGCCACUGUCGUCUUCAUGCUGACGCGGUUUCCAGAUGAUUACGGCGAUGCUGCAAAGUACACCCGGUCGGGCAACACGGAGCAGUACUUCAACCGUGGCUGGUGCUUCUGCGAGUCCUCCUGGGGGAUGCUGACGAAGCCGUCUUUCUUGCUCUUGGACCUCGGCCGAUGCACGGGAGCGGAGACCCACUACGGGGAGUUGCUGGAGACCUGCCGCGCGGGGCGCCGGGCGCCCCUCCUGCCCGACGCCUUCGACGAGGAGCUGCAGAGCAAGGGCUUCACCAACGGCAAGGACGACCGGCCCCGGGUCGCCGAGCUCUACCGCUCCGCCUUCGCGCAGCGCUUCGAGGCCGCGGAGGAGCUGCUCUACGGCGGGCUGCAGUGGGGGGACGAGGAGGCGCAGCAGCUGGCCGCCGUGCUCGCCUCGGGCGCGCUGCCCCAGCUGCAGGAGCUCGACCUCGGCGACAACCGCGUGGGCGACGAGGGCGCCGCGCGGCUGGCGGAGGCCCUGCGCGCCCCGGGCGCGCUGCCCCAGCUGCAGGAGCUCUACCUCGGCAACAACCCGCUCGGCGUCGGCGGCCGGGCGGCGCUGCGCGCCGCGUGGGCGGAGGCCGGGCGCCCGCAUGACGGCCUGUGGCUCGGCUACUGAGGAGGGCCGGGCGCGGCGCGGCGCGCGGCCGUCCGAGGCGCGCGGCGAGCGGGGCGUGCGCAGUAGGGUCAUCAGCUGCUGUCACUGCUGCUGGUACACGCCGAUCCUAUUUCAAGAAUCGAUAUGCUUUUGCUGUGGCUCGUUAUUCUCUGGGAGGGCCUGAGCCCGAUCUACUUCAUCCGCCUUCCUACUUCAUGUUUUUACCCACUUCUUCCGACCGACGGGUAAUGAGCGUGGUGGGGGGUAUCACGGGAUUCUGGGGCGGGCCCAGGCUGCUGGGAAUUACUUGCCUGGGGGGGCAGGGUAUGCCGGGGCCUGCCAGCCAGGGCCUAAGGUCGUUUUCAACCUGUUCGGUGCAAGGUUGGACCACUGCCUUGAGUGAAUGACGUAGGAGCGCCCGUGCGCUGUGUCUGGUGCAUCGUCCACGACGGACCGCUGCACUUCCAAGUCUAUAAUGAUUCGGAUAUUUGUUUCUCGGCGCCUACCCUACAGAAUAUGCCGCAUCCAAUACUGGGAUUGCUUUCGACGCCUCGCCUCGCAGUAGCCUUCAUCACAAUUGCAGGCUGACCACGUGGCCUCAAGGUAGGCUGAGCUUGGUUCCAGAAAUAUUUUCCAUGUGCUCAUCUGUUUCCAUCCGUGCGAUGAGAGAAGUCGGUGUCGGUCGAGUAUCUCUCUCGACGCGUACCGAGCACGUCCGUCUUUUUGCCACAGGGGGAAGGAGACAGAGCUCGAAGGGCCAGCUUUCCCCAAAAAGUGAGUGCCGUACCGUGGAGGACUUCGCUCGACUCUCCUGUGGUAUCGGCUGCGCGUGCCGGGGUUCCUUUGGGGUCCACGGUGGUAAGCAUGUGUCCUUCACUCUCCUCCUGCCUCUCCAAGUUGAUGGCCUUGCACGUCAGCAGGCCGCUGACGGGAGCAUUAGUUCGCCAGCAAGGUCGAGGGAUCUUCGGCGCCAGCAGUGAGUGCGUCAAGCGUCGGAUGUCAGGCGGACGGAUGGUGCGGUAUUCACUUUCGCACAUGACGUCUGGCGCCCCGCAAGUCCUCUGAUGAUAGUUUGGCCCGGCUCCCAGCUGCUGGCAAUCACCUGAGGCGUUGUCAUGCCUCUUCUCCCUCCUCCCAUCGUGCUUUCUCCUCCCUCCUCCCCCUCCU